AUGAGUGUUAAAGCUUUCAAACUCGUUUCUGCUGUUGAGCGGGAGAUGUUAAUGGGAGACAAAAAUUACAUCAACAUCGAAUGCAUUGAGUGCUGCGGAAAGAACCUCUAUAUUGGAACCAACGACUGCUUUAUCUAUCACUUUCUGUUGGACGAAAAGAUAUCAACAGCUGGAAAAAUAACUUUUGCUGCCACCAAACAACUGCAUAAGUACCUGGGCUUGAAGAAGCCCGUGAAUGAGUUGAAAGCAGCCUCUGCCCUCACCAGGCUUCUUGUGCUUUGCGACAACACAAUAACACUAGUUAACAUGAUGAACUUGGAACCUGUCCCCACUGGCGCUAGAAUCAAGGGAGCUGUGACGUUUGCAUUAAAUGAAAACCCUGUGAGUGGGGAUCCUUUCUGUGUCGAAGUCUGCAUUAUCUCGGUGAAGCGGCGGACCAUUCAAAUGUUCAUGGUGUUUGAAGACAGAGUCCAGAUAGUGAAGGAAGUGUUUACUCCAGAGCAACCCUGUGCUGUGGCUGUAGAUGGUUAUUACUUAUGUCUUGCACUUACUACACAGUAUAUAAUUUUGAAUUAUAAUACUGGCGUCUCCCAGGAUCUGUUUCCUUAUUGCAGUGAUGAGAAACGACCAAUUGUGAAAAGGAUAGGCAGACAAGAGUUUCUGUUGGCUGGCCCCGGAGGCCUAGGCAUGUUUGCAACUGUAGACGGCAUUUCGCAGCAUGCCCCUGUGCACUGGUCAGAGAACGUGGUUGGAGCAGCUUUGUGCUUUCCUUACGUGGUUGCUCUCGAUGAUGAGUUCAUUACAGUGCACAGCAUGCUGGACCAGCAGCAAAAGCAAACCCUGCCUUUUAAAGAAGGUCACAUUCUACAGGACUUUGAAGGAAAGGUGAUUGUUGCUACCAAUAAGGGUGUGUAUAUCUUGGUGCCGCUGCCUUUGGAAAAACAGAUUCAGGACCUUCUGGCUAGCCACAGAGUGGAAGAAGCCCUUCUUCUUGCAAAAGGAGCUCGAAGGAAUAUUCCAAAAGAGAAAUUUCAGGUGAUGUACAAACGAAUCCUGCAGCAAGCAGGUUUUAUACAGUUUGCACAGCUUCAGUUCCUUGAAGCAAAAGAACUCUUCAGAAGCGGCCAGCUUGAUGUCCGGGAGCUGAUCUCUCUCUACCCCUUCCUGUUGCCUACUUCUUCUUCAUUUAUACGGUCUCAUCCCCCUCUGCAUGAGUACGCGGACCUAAACCAGCUGACCCAAGGGGACCAGGAGAAGAUGACAAAAUGCAAACGAUUCCUCAUGAGUUACUUGAACGAAGUCCGCAGCACUGAGGUUGCCAAUGGCUACAAGGAAGAUAUUGACACAGCUUUACUCAAGCUGUAUGCAGAGGCAAAUCAUGAAAGCCUUCUGGAUCUGCUAGUUUCAGAGAACUUCUGUCUUUUAACAGAUAGUGCUGCCUGGCUGGAAAAACACAAAAAGUAUUUUGCCCUUGGUCUCCUGUAUCACUACAAUGGUCAGGAUGCUGCAGCGCUUCAGUUAUGGGUGAAAAUAGUUGAUGGACACAUUGAAGAUUCUACACGUUCAGAUCUCUAUGAAUACAUAGUAGACUUCCUUACAUUCUGCUCAGACCAAGAUCUAGUGUGGAAAUACUCUGAAUGGGUUUUACAAAAAAAUGAAGAGGUUGGCAUACAGAUUUUCACUAAAAGGCCUUUGGAAGAACAGGAGAAAAACAUUAAUCCAGAUGAUAUCAUCAGUUGUCUUAACAAAUACCCUAAAGCACGUGUUAAAUAUCUAGAACAUCUAGUAUUGGAAAGGAAAAUAGAGAAAGAGAAGUACCAUACUCAUCUAGCUGUCUUGUACUUGGAGGAAAUACUUCAGCUAAAAUCUGUAACCACAGAUAAUUGUACAGAAACAACUGAACUGCUGGUUAAACUACGCAGUCUUCUUCAGAAAUCUGAUCUUUAUAGAAUUAAUUUUAUUUUGGAAAAAAUCCAGGGCACAGACCUUCAUAUGGAAAAUGCGAUUUUGUAUGGAAAACUAGAAGAACAUGAGAAGGCUUUGCAUAUUCUAGUCCACGAGUUAAAGGACUUCCGUGCUGCGGAAGAGUACUGUGUAUGGAACUCUGAGAACAGAGACACGCAGUACAGACGGAGGCUUUUCCACAUGCUGCUGUCAGUGUAUCUAAAUCCAGGCGCUUCGGAUUGUGCACUAGUCAUGGCUGCUGUGGAUCUCUUGAAUAACCACGCUGCUGAAUUUGACACGGCUCUAGUUUUGCAGCUGGUGCCUGACAGCUGGUCAGUGCAGCUCCUCUCGCCGUUCCUGGCUGGAGCAGUGAGGCAGAGCAUUCAUACAAAAAGAAUGACUCAGGCUGCCCUUGGGUUAGCACAAGCUGAAAACUUAAUCUACAAAUACGAGAAGGUUAAACAAAAAGGAACCCCAAUUCUUCUUUCGGACAAAAAGGUCUGUCAGGUGUGCCAAAAUCCUUUCUGCGAGCCUGUAUUUGUAAGAUACCCAAAUGGGGGUAUGGUCCACACACACUGUGCUGCAAAUAGACAUCUGAAUUCAACCAUGACUCAUCACUCUUCCAGCUCCAGCAAUCAGACUUGA